AUGAAAGAGCAAAAAAGGAUUUCUGAAGGUUUAAUUACUGAAUCACUUACCAAUGAUAUGUUUUGGGUUUGUUUAGAUAAUGAGGAUCCAAUUCUAGGUUACGUUUCAGGAAGGAUUCAACAUAGUUUUAUCCAUAUACUAGUCAAAAUUUCAGUAAGUUGUUACGAUUCAACCAGGACCAGAAGGCGUAUAAUUUAUAGACUACGAAACAAAGAUUCGAAUGAUUAG